AUGGAUGGGGAGGAUAGUUUUGUGGCUUUGGUCCAUUACUCUGGACAAAUUCAAAAAAGCAAACGCCACGGUGUGAAAUUCACAGAUAGAGAACCGGUUAGUAUUUUUAUUCGAUCUUCAAGUAUAUUGGCAGAGAUUAAGCUCAGCAUACUACAGAAGCUCGGUACCUGUGGUACGAAGCAGGUUAAACAGUUAUUUUACAAGAUUCCCAUUACCGUUGUGUCAACCGGUGUGUGGUUUGAGACCUUUAUGAUAGAGUCGGAUGAAGACCUGCAAGUCUUGUUUCACUGCAGGCGUAGUUUUUCAGAGGUGAGGAUACCUGAGAUGUUUGCGAAGUUGGAAGAUCGUGUGGAUAGCUCUGGAGCAUCGGCACCGGGUCCUCAGUCAACCACACGGGGCGGUGCAUCGACAUCACUGCCUGUGGUAGCAGCGGUAGUUCUACCUCCCGAGCCAGAACGUGCUGAGGUUGAGUUUGAGGUUGGACCGGAUCGAGUUGAGAAUGCGCUUUGUGAUGAUGAUUCCGAUGAGGAGCCGCUCGAUAUUGGUGGGGACAGUGAAGAUGAUAUACCAAUAGGUGCAGCCCAUGGAGGUUCCGGUUCUGGAACACAAGAGUACCCUCCGCACCUAUCGUCUUUGAACUUGGAGGCCAUCGGUCAACACCAGAAUGUUGAGGCAACAUUCGAUGGACAGGGUAUGCAUGAUGGGACAGGUUUGACUGAAUUUCAGAUUGGCCAAUCGUUCCAGAGUAAGGAGGAAGCUGUGCUGAGCGUGAAAGAUUACAGCAUUCGGCGUGGAGUUGAGUACAGGGUUAUGAAGUCAGACAGUCUAAAAUACCAAGGGAGAUGCAAGGAGUUCGGUAACGGAUGCACGUGGUUGAUCCGGAUAGUCAUGCGAAAAAGGAAGAGCACAUGA